CCGUAGUAGAUUGUACGUUCAGAAGGGUGAUUCAUUCAUAGCACCAAUGUUUGGUGCAGUUUUCGUUGCGUAACGUGACGCGGAAAAGUUGAUAGUAAAAUGGUUCAUUGCUGCCUAAUUCUAUGAAAUGAUUUAUCGAACGGUUUGCCUGCUAGCGGUCGCACUGUCGUUUGAAGUCGAUGCCGUGAAUUUGAUCGCUUAUAUUUCGCAAUAUGGACUGCAUGGGGAGAUCUCAUUCGCUCAGUAUUCCGAUCGGCAAGUUCAGAUAACAUCCGAUCUAGAAACAACGCUUCAAUACCCCGAACAAGCUUGGAGCUGGGGCGUGUACCAGCUGCCAGCAGAUUAUACGAUUGUUGAUCCCAGUGAAAGAUGCGAUCUGAAGGCGUUAGGGGAACAAUUAUGGUCUUUCGACGAUGAUCUAGGAUUUUUGACACUGCCUGGCAAUGAAUCUACGACCUGGCUGAGCGAAAUCCAACUGACUGGAGAGAAAGGAUUAUGGGGAAAGUCGCUGGUUCUGUUCGAUCCCAACAGCAAUUUUAGGAUUUGUGCCACAAUCACCACCAGGGAUGGGUCACAAGAUCAUAUUGCGGAGGCCAAGUUUAAUAGCCCCGUCACAGGGUCCGUAUACUUUCGCUGGCUUGCAUCUAAAGAAACGCAUCAUUCCGACACGCUCAUCUACUCGAAUCUUUUUCACAUCAAAGAACAAUCAAGAAAGUUAAACAAUCCUGAUUUCACCGAACACUCAUGGAAAAUCUAUGUUACCGAUAUUUUUGAAAAUGACGCUACAAAUGUGGAGGACAACUGCAACAAGCUUCAGCUAGUUUUCGAUCCGCAAGUUCGUGGCACCGGUAAAGCUGUCGGUGAUAUUGAUGUUCGAUUGGGAAAUCUUAAAAUUACAACCAAUUCGCAAAAACACAAAUAUCGCCAGCUUUUUAACGACAAAGACCUUGUUGUUCUACCCAGUGAUUUGUACGGUCCUUCGCGGAAGCUGUAUGUAGUGAUCUUUGACCCAGUGCAUCCGGACACGUUUCUGGCAUGUGCUAAGAUACGCCAUCUGAAGGCCAAGUCCGCGAGAGCAAUGGUCAAUGGUGGCGGUAUGAAGGGCGAAAUUCGAUUCGUGCAACGUUCCCGGUUUGAACCAACAUGGAUAAAUGCGUCGUUUUCCUCCGUUAUGAACGACGAUCUUGCAAAUGAGAACUACGCUAGAGAUGUCGCUAGUUUUAGGAUCAACCAAUUACCAUUACGAGCAUACUCUGCUAAUUUAAACAGUUUUUGUUCCAGUUCUGGACCGGUUCUAAAUCCAAACAAUGUCGAUGAAAAAGGCCUACCUCCACCGGGCUUCGGAACUCAAGAACAAUAUCCAAUUGGAGACCUAAGUGGAAAACUUACCAAUCGUAACAAAAAAGAGACUCACAACAUGUUUCUUCCUGGCACCAGUGCAGAAUUAAGUGGGUUCUACUGGGAUACGUUUCUACCGCUGCAAGGAAAAAGCAGUAUAUUGUUUAGAAGCUUCACCGUUACGCGCUACAACCGCACUGAUCCUUUGAAUAUUGGUCAUGUGCCAUGGGCUUGUGGUCCCAUAACGUUGUAUGAAAUAAGUAAACCCUACCAAGUACCGAUCAUAACCGCCCAAGUACUGUUCCGCUAUCCUAUCGUGGGGCGAAUACUAUUUCGGCAGGUUAAAGAUGAGUUUUGGAGCGACACAGCCGUCGUUUUCGAAUAUCUAAUUCACGCAGAUGGCUCAAACGUGAACAAUACCGCUGACCACCGGUGGGGGAUUACAGUUGAUCCUCCGGGUAAAGACUUCUACGAUUGGCAGAAUCGAUGCGUUAGUACGGGUGCAAUCUACAAUCCACAAAAGGUAUCUCUUGGCGGUCAAAGCGGGGAGGAGACGUGUACCGCUUCCUCGUCAGAACUGUGUCGCGUUGGGGAUCUUUCCAGUCGUCUCGGUAUGCUGGAAAUAGCUGGAAGCAAAGCUGACAGCCAACGGAUCAGUCGAAAAAUGUUUGUGGAUCAGUACCUUCCGCUGAGUGGUGCCUCUAGCAUAGUGGGACGAUCGGUUGUAAUAUAUGAUGAUCACGGCCCGCAGGCCAGAGGAGAACGGUUGGCCUGCUCUAUAAUCGGAGGCUACCAUAGACGAAAAGUUGUCGCUCGUGAUUGGUAUUCGAACGGAGAUCCUCUUACGAUCAAAGGCAAACUAGAGAUGGUUCAACAAUCAGAGUAUGAUUUAACAAAUAUAGAAAUAGAUUUCAAAGGUUUGAUAGAGAACAGUGGCUAUCACGUUCAUAUUGCUCCCGUAGAAGGUGAUCUAGAGUUUCCUUGUGAAGACUCCACUGUAUAUGGCCAUUGGAAUCCACGAAAUAUCGACCCAAAACAAUCACCUCCGGCUGCCAUGGGUAGUACAGACCAAUACGAGCUAGGAGAUCUUAGCGGAAAGUUUGGAACAUUAGACGGCGCUUCGAUGUUCGAACAAAACUACAAUGAUUCACGUUUGCCGUUGUUUGGCUACGAAAGCAUCAUCGGUCGAUCAAUCGUUGUCCAUAAAAAGGACCGUAACCGUCGUUGGGCUUGCAGCACCUUAGAACGAGGAUACAGCCCCAGCGAAGCACGAGAAAUUCGCGCUAUUGCAUCCUUUCACCAUCCGGCUGGAUAUGCCUACGGUUAUAUCCGAAUGACACAACUGAUUGGAAACGAUGGAAGUCAAAGUGAUACGAUCAUAGAAGUAAAACUGCGAUACCCUGGAAAGCACGACCGUAAUGUGACGUACAACCAUAACUGGCACAUUUGGGUCAAUCCGGUAGGGGUUGAUGCCACAGUAAAACAAGUCGAGACCCGGUGCGUAGCAGCAGGAUACGUUUGGAAUCCUUACUAUACGCAGCUUGCUGAUCCAUUGAAUCAAGAUCUCUAUCGUCAAGAAUGUGGACCUGACAACCCCCUUCGGUGCUACGUCGGUGAUCUUUCAGCUAGAUUGGGCCCAAUUAAUAUCGGCGAUCGUCGAAUGGUGUUUACCGACAGCAACUUUCCCCUGGAAGGCCCUGUUAGUGCGUUAGGUCGUGCAAUAGUAAUAUUCGGUCCAGAGUUUGCGACACAUCGCUUUGCUUGCGCAAAAAUCGAACCAGAUCACGAUAUUGUCAAGUACAUCAACCUCAAAAAACCGCCAAGGUUUGUGGUGGCACAGUUUUUGGAAGAAGUCCGCACUGUAAUGGGACUGCCGGAAUGGAUGCUUGCUAUUGAUUCACGGAGCACGAAAACUUUACACAAUGAUGCGUGCAUUCAAAUGAUAGUUCAUUUCAAAGGACCAAAUGCUCAUCAAAUCGAACAAGAUUUCUCGAAAUUGCUGGCAAUUGGUAGGCUUGAUCAACCAAGUAUCGCCAUUCCUGGGUACGUAAAUCCAAAGCGUAAAAAAACCUUGUCAUAUCGCACCUGCGGAGUGCGCGAUCCGACUGUUAAAGGGGAAAAGGGCUUUUUCAGUGGAACCAAUCCGCUUAAAUACUCAACUAUGAUGACAUUAUUACCAUUUCUGUUUUACCUCAUGCUCUAA